AUGUCGACGACACAGAUACCGCUUCGCACAGCUCGAGUACCAGCGCUGCAGCGCCAAUGCCUCUUCUUCCGCCCCCAGUACCACCACCACCACGCAGCCAGAGCCCACAACCUGCGCCUCGGCCCACCACCCGCCGCCCUCAUCAUACCAGCGACCCGCGCCUUCUCAAGCACGCCGCCACGCCCCAAACGCACAUCACUCGGCAAUGAUCCAUCGCAGGCUCGGGCCGCAGCCGAAGGCCAGGUUGGGCCGUCGCCCAACGUCAACUUUGCAAAGGCGCAGGCCAGUUCGGACGCCAUGAUCGAGGAUAUCGGGCUGCUGCAAAACACCAUUGUCCGCGCGCCAAUUAGCAAGCUCAAGGGCCUGGGCAUGGUGGAUGGCUUAAGAUAUCAUUGGGAUCUGCUCAAGCAUAAGGGAACGGGGCUUUAUGGACGAUACUACUACCGUGCAUGCAUCCAGAAAACCGGUUGGACGCGAUUCUUGCCCGUGGACCUCUUCAACAACAGCGAAUACACAUCGCUGGCGAAAAAAUAUUACGAGCUGAUCUUUUCAAACUUUGCAAAAGGCAACAUCGCCCCCAUCAAGCAAAUCUGCCUCCCACCUCUCGCCAAAAAACUCGAGUCCCGCAUCGCUGCCCGCGGGCCCCUGCAACUCGACUGGCACCUGCACGGCGGCUUCAAAUCCAGCCGCGUCGUCUCGCACCGCGCCGCGCCGCUGGGCGAAGACCAGCCCGACACCGCCUUCCGCCAAGUCGUCGUGCGGCUUGUAUCCGAGCAGUCGCUACGUACAAGCCGGCUCCCAGCCAAGCACAAGCACCGCGCGCUCCGCCGCUUACCCUGGAUCCCCGACGCCGCGCGCCACCACGCCGAGAAGCUGCGCUUGCGCCACGUCAAGCGAGAGGCGGAAGCCGGCGCUGCUGCUGCUGAUGAUGCUGCGGCCAAGCUCCACGCCGAGGACGAGAAACCCGUCUUGCACACCGUCGUCGAUUACCUGGUGCUGCAGAAGAGAGUCGUGCGCGGCAAGGAGGAGGACUGGCGCGUUUGGGGCUUUACCGAGGAAUCCACGCCUGAUGUUAGAGAGAGGGACCAGGAGUAUUGGCGUUUGAUGCUGGAUGCGCAGACGGGGCGUGCGUAGAGUUGGUUGCCGUGUAGUCAAGAGAGGGAGAGGGAGAGGGAGAGAGAGAGAGUGUGUGUGUGUGUGUGAGAGAGAGAGAGAGAGAGAGUGAGAGAAGAAAUGGAAAAUCCUACUUGUAACCAUAGUUUGUAUAUAUCAUCGAGGCGCGAGAGCAUACUAUGUGUUUGACAAUGGCUUCGGUUAGGCUAGUCAUGCAAAGCG